CUCCCGGGGCACUGCCGGUUCCCGCCGCCGAUCCGCUCGCUGGGGCCGCCCUAUCUGCGACGGGGCGGUUAGACAAGAGUGAGCUUCGAAUGGACCGCGGGAAACCCACGCGGCGACAGCGCUGGCAGUCCGGGAAGCUUGACAGAUGUGGGCGCAGGGACGGCGCCCGCGCUCCCGCCGCUUCCGGAGCCCGCCUGCCGGGGCCGUUUCCUGCCCCGCCCCUCGGCCCGAGCACCGCCCGAGCCAGAGUCUCUAUGGUACCAACUUCCGCCGCCCGCCACACCUCGCGAGAUUUUGGCGGCGCAGCAAUGGCGAGACCAUGCCGCGUCACUGCUCCGCCGCCGGCUGCUGCACACGGGACACGCGCGAGACGCGCAACCGCGGCAUCUCCUUCCACAGACUUCCCAAGAAGGACAACCCGAGACGGGGCUUGUGGCUGGCCAACUGCCGGCGGCUGGACCCCAGCGGCCAGGGCCUAUGGGACCCGGCGUCGGAGUACAUCUACUUCUGCUCUAAACACUUCGAGGAGAACUGCUUUGAGCUGGUGGGAAUCAGUGGCUAUCACAGGCUGAAGGAAGGGGCAGUCCCCACCAUAUUCGAGUCUUUUUCCAAGUUGCGCCGGACAAGCAAGACCAAGGGGCACAGUUACCCACCUGGCCGCCCUGAUGUCAGCCGGCUGCGGCAAUGCAGGAAGCGCUGCUCUGAAGGCCGAGGGCCCACAACUCCAUUUUCUCCACCCCCACCUGCUGAUGUCACCUGCUUUCCAGUGGAAGAGGCCUCAGCACCUGCCACUUUGCCUGCCUCCCCAGCUGGGAGGCUGGAGCCUGGUCUUAGCAGCCCCUUUUCAGACCUCCUGGGCUCCCUGGGUGCCCAAGCAGAUGAAGCGGGCUGUAGUGCCCAACCCUCACCAGAGCAGCAGCCCUCCCCUCUAGAGCCACGGCCCGUGUCCCCCUCAGCCUACAUGCUGCGCCUGCCACCACCCGCCGGAGCCUACAUCCAGAAUGAGCACAGCUACCAGGUGGGCAGUGCCCUGCUCUGGAAGCGGCGGGCUGAGGCAGCCCUUGACGCCCUGGACAAGGCCCAGCGCCAGCUGCAGGCCUGCAAGCGGCGGGAACAGAGGCUACGGCUGCGGCUGACCAAGCUGCAGCAGGAGCGGGCACGGGAAAAGCGAGCACAGGCGGACGCCCGCCAGACUCUGAAGGAGCAUGUGCAAGACUUCGCCAUGCAGCUGAGCAGCAGCAUGGCCUGAGUGAGGGGCUGCCCAGCUAGGCUGUGGCCUCCUCCCUCAGAAUCUGCCUGGAGAGGGACCUCAAUUGAACUAUAUCCACCAGACCUGCCAGAUUCCAUAAUAAAGUGGAUUCUAGAAGGAG